AUGCCUCAACCACAUCAGUUCUUCCACGGAGGACAGCCGCAGUAUGCGCCUCCUGUCCUCCGCGCGCCAUCGCCGUCUAGCUCGAUUGGGACAGAGUACGGCCCCGACGAGACGUCUUUGGAGGACAGAGACCUGGGUCAGGAGGCGUUCGAGAGGAAAUGUGAGGACAGGUUGCGACUCAGGCAACCGCGUCCGGAGGAAAUGCGAGCGAUGGAGGACCCGCUCAUCCGGCCCCGCCCAAAGACCGCCACUGAGGAGAAGGUCAUGUUUGAGGUCGUCAUGAAGAGGCUGCAUGAUCGCGUCAAGCAACUCGAGGACGACGAGCUGUUCGAACAGAUGCUCCUCCGCGGGACGCAGAUUGGUCUUGAACAGCCUUCGUCGGACGACGUCGACAACAUCAUGCGCGGUCUUAUGAACGCCUCGGUCGAGGCACCGCCAACUGCCAACUCGUUUGCGCCUGCGACGCCAUGGAGCCCUACACUUGCCCCCAUCGCGGGUUCGACUGGAGGGAACACGGAGUCGAGCGCUGCUACCGCCGGGAGGCGACCCGCGCGCAAGGGGAAAAGCAGGAAAACAUGA